AUGGUGCAGGUACUAGAGGUGGUCAGGUCGAGCCCUUUCGACUUGUCCAGUUAUUCCAUGAACCGCCCCAUCCAAGUGAAACCAGCGGACAGUGAGAACCGCGGAGAUAGAAAGCUGUUCGUGGGCAUGCUCAGUAAGCAACAAACAGAAGAAGAUGUCAGACAAUUAUUUGCACCUUUCGGAACAAUAGAGGAGUGUACAAUUUUGAGAGGACCCGACGGAGCUAGUAAAGGUAAGUACUAG